AUGGUGGCAAGUCAACCUCAGGUAAUUAAGGUUUUACACACUGGAAGUGGGAAAGGAUCUAAAUUUACUCCAGGAAAAUCUGUUAUUCGUUCCAGUAUUUUUAAAACAAAUGUGCCUGCUACACCAGUUAGAAAAAUAUUUUUGGAAGAUGAUAAUAUGGUUGGAACAAAUAGUCCUACUCUUGUAAAGACUCGAUAUGGUUCAACCCCAACCCAAAGCAGUACAAUUAAAGUAUUUAAUGGAUCCAGUGGGUCAAUUACACAAAAGACAGUACAACUCACAGCCACACAAUUGGCAAUUAGUAGUCAAGCAAAUAAUAUAAAUAAACCAUCUCAGAGCCAAUCUUUUGGUUGCCAAGGUAAAAUACUGGCCAAGUCGACUUUUAAUUCAACCAAUAAGAAAAAUAUAAGUAUCAAUACCGAUUCUGAUAUAUCGCUAUCAAUGACAGACUACAAACGACGAAGAGCUGAUAAACUUGGAAAGGGUCUUCGUCAUUUUUCAAUGAAAGUUUGCGAAAAGGUCAGACAGAAAGGAACCACAUCUUACAAUGAAGUAGCUGAUGAAUUAGUUGCCGAGUUUACUGGCACGCCUUAUAAGCCAAACCAAGAGCAGAAUUAUGAUCAAAAAAAUAUAAGAAGAAGAGUUUACGAUGCUUUGAAUGUUUUAAUGGCAAUGAACAUAAUAUCAAAGGAAAAAAAGGAAAUAAGAUGGAUCGGACUUCCAUCGACUAUAUUGGAAGCAGAUAAAGAUAGCGAAAGAGAAAAGAAAGAAAGACUGGAGAGAAUUUCCCAAAAAACACAAGACUUGCAUAAUUUAAUACUACAGCAAAUCGCAUUUAAAAACUUAGUUGAAAGAAAUAAAAAACUUGAAAAAAAAAGUGGGAGGCCUGCCCAAACUACGGCAGUGGAGUUGCCUUUUUUAGUUGUUAACACAAGUCGUGAAACUAUGGUUAAUUGCAGUGUUUCUAAUGACAAGUCAGAUAUCGAGGAAAAUUCCGGUGAUUUGUCAGUUCAAAAUUAUUCAAAUCCUUCAGAGUUUUUAGAAGAAUAUUUAGAAGACUCUGAUAUUGCCAGUGACCCCGAAACUGAUGUGCAGUUAUAA